CAGUCGUUCGAGAUCGCGGCACUACAACGACACGCAAAAUGGCCCUCCGAAGGGCCCUCCUCGUUCUCCACGUCUUGGCGAGCUUUGUACAUUUUUCAACAGCCAGAGCGGUGAACAUCAGCAACGCAUGGGUGCUCCCCGAAGAAGGAUUUCCUGUAUUCUACCGUUAUUUCCGAGAUCGCAUCUCUUGGUACGAAGCAGACGCCGUCUGUCAAUUCCAUCACAGUUAUUUAGUAACCGCUGACAGUACCUCGCAAUACGACGCUAUAAGGGCAUAUCUCAAAGAAUUAGACAUCACAGAUACCGUUUGGAUAGGAUUGUCGAAAAAUGCAGAUAAACCAAACUUUACAUGGACGAACAGUUUACAACCGUUGUCGGGAGAAGGGCAUUGGCAGGAAGCGAUUCCUCCAUCGAAAAAUUCCCAAUGCAUCGCAACUGAUUCCGCCAAAGAUUUUCUAUGGGAAACUUUAACCUGCGGAGGACCUGAUGUAGCUUCAUUCAUAUGCGAAAUGCCAAUUCCUUCUUGGGCGAUGGGUCCCAAAGGAUGUCUAUUGACUGAAUUACCUUCGUUGACCGUCCUCUACAUACCCGAACAGUCCUCCCUGGAGAUGACGUCCGACUGCGGUCUUGACGGGACCAAGAGAAUAGCUUGCAAAGGGAAUGCGGAUCGUGAGGAAAUCUUAAAACAAUUAACUUGCGCUAUUUCUAACGAAGAUUUCGAAGAUAAAUCCACGAAAUCCUCAAUACUAGCAUCUACAGUUUCCUACACGCAAAGUGACAACAAAAUAACCAAGAUUUGGACGUCUAAUACCAUCGACGUCGAUUACGGCAUACCUACGAGACAUCGAAGAGAAACCGAAGAUACUUUGAGCGCUUCUUCGACGGAUAGCACCGAGAAAAUCACAACAACUCAAAGUUUCACAGUUGCCACGAAUUAUGAUACGGAAGUGACGUCAAAUCCAAUUCCCGCUGCGUCAACUGUAAUAUCCAGUACUCAAACUACAACUCCCAUCAGUACAACAUCUGCUAAAACUAUCGCCAAAACGAGUACUAUUUCUUCUACGUCCGGUACAACUGAACAAAUCACUCCUAUAAUCGAAGUAGAACAUACCUAUACAACCGUCACUGCCAGCUCCGAAUCGAAAAUGGUUAAAACUACCACUGAAAAUGACGAAAAGGAUAUCGUCAUUGAAUACCCCAGCGCCAUUAGUCAAGGACAAUUGUUUAGUAUCAUAGAAAACGGCACCAUGUUCGAUAUAAUCGAAUUAAACGACACGAAAUUGUUUCAACAGCAAACUACUUCAAUUGCGGAGACAAAAACUUCAAAACCGUCGACGAAACUCGAACAAUUAGACGAAAAGAAAACGAAGAACGCGGAUUCGAAAGGCAAAGUUCCCACCAAGAAGGAAAUUUACAAAAAUUCCGAUCCGAAGAAAAAGAAUAAUCAGAAGAUAAUAGAAGAUAAAAAUGAUCAAAUUGUCGUACCUAAUGAAGAACGGAAGAAAAAUGAAACUAACCUCAAUGUUAAAAGAUCGGCAUUAAAAACGUUAGAAGCAAUUCCGGACGAACGAACAGAAGAUAAAAAAGAAGAACUUGCAAGUAAAGAAGAAUUGGAUUUGAAUAAACAAGUAGAAAUAAUUCCGUUGAAACAAACAAUACAACCGGAACCAAAGGAAGAUAUAGAAACGAACCUAUCGAAAGAAGACAGCAUACAAACGCAGAUAAACUUGGAUCGAGAAAUGGAAAACAAGGAAAGCAUGGAGGAAAUGGAUCUGAAUAAGGAAAUCGAAAUAUUCCCGUUGGUGAACGACAAAUCGCCGCAUUUAAACAGAACUUUCAGAAAAGAACUGCCGAUGAUGGCGGACGAGCCUCCGUUCGAGCCGAUCAACGGCGAAAACAAACUCGAACUAAUGGAUAUAGACGAAUUCGCCCCGGAAAACGAAACUAAAAUCGAUCCGAAUAUUUAUUUACUCAAUAAAAACAUCACCAAGAAUAAUGAGAGUGAAAUUAUAGAGAUUUUAAAGAAACAACUACUUCCGAAAUUAUUGCAAAAGAAAAACGUAUCAGUGGAAAAAGAUGAAUCGACAACUACCGUACCGGUAAUUGCAGUCGACGAAAUCGGUGAAAGACCGAGACCGAAUAGACAGAGGCAAUUGACGAGGCCGCACGGUAGAUCGUUUUAUCCGAAUUUUUUUAGCAGGGUUUUGGGAUGAACUACGAAAAAUGUUAAUUAGGAGUUGUCCACGAGGAUGUUUGUUGAUUUUGGAUAAAAAAGAAGACGAAAUAGACAAGAUUUAUUCACAAUAUAACAUGAAAAAAACUAUUUUUAUCACAAAAUGCUAUAUAUUUAACGUCCUAAAAGUCAAAGUAUCAAUAUUUCUAGUUAAUUCAUCAAUCUAGUUCUAAAUAAAAUAAUUACGUUUUUUUUUAAAAUAAUUUCAAUACUAUUAAUACGAUAUUCGAGAAACAUCUCGUAUAUAUCAGUACUAAAAACAAAACCUUCAGAUAUCCCCUCGUAAUAUUUGUCAUUACGUCACCUAAACUAUAAAAUUGUGAAUUUUUGAGUCUAUUACGUUUUAUAGAUUAUGAUUUUAGUUGUAGUAAAAUGAGCGUGUCUAGAUUAAUAUAGAUUUUAAGCUUCAUGUUAUGUAAAAAAGAAGAAGAGAUUUUGUUGACGUUUUUCGGAGAUUAGAUAUUAUUGUAGGUUUUAUAGCACACAUUGAAAACAGAAGAAGAAAGUUCGAAAAGCAGAUUCAGUUAAAUCUAGUAGUAGUAAUAUUUGAAUAGUAGUUGAAAUGUUACCCAAAGAUAAUAAGUUGUUUGGUAUUGCUUAAUCGGAUUUAUAUUUUUCACGUACGUAAUAAAAAUAUCACGUUAGUAGUAUUUCGUAGAUGUAGGUGUAAGCUGUUUUCAAAUUUCCAAAUGGAACUGAUUUUAUCGUUAUAUUACAAGGUAUUAGUAGAAAAAUAUUAUUUUGAUGUUUCAAAUAUCCUGAAACAAUUUAUUUACUACAACAAUAUAGCAUAAAUAAUUCGCAAUUUGAAAGUGCCGAACUUUAACAUCUAAUAAUAUUAAGUAUUUCCAUCAUUAUAGUAAUAAACUUGUUUUUUUAUGUAUACACUACACAGAACUAAGCUAAUGCACGAGCACCGUCCUGCUUUAUUAACCGUCCUAUUUCGUAAAUAAUAUACUGGGUGUCAACAAUUAAAUAUACUUGUAUUACUCAAAUCAAACACCCUGUAUAUUAUGACUGGUGAUAUUUGGUAUAGCUAAAUAAGGCUCAAAUGAAAUAAAUACUUGGAAAUGUCAAAUGAAACGAAUUUUCGAAUGAAACAAAUAAAUAUAAUUAGAGCCAGUUUAGCUCAAAAUUUUAUAUAUGUUCGAGCACAAUUAUUAUAGAUAAUAUAAUUGUAAAUAUAUGUUCUCUAAUGUGCUAAAUACAUUAUUAAAAAAAAAA